AUGGUUGUUCCGACUCCGCCCUUCAAUUUAACGGGCCACUGCUCGGUCAUCUAUGACGAGAAGCUUUUCGUUUACUCUGAGAAUGGGUUCGCCUCGAUUCCUCUCAAACGCAAUGGUACCUGGUCAACGCUCGACACGGGAGUGGCCGUCUCUGGCGCGGCCUGUGUCAAGGGGGCCCUCGAAGGCGACGGUGCAAACGAGGCCUUGUACGUCGUCGGCGGUACCAGUUCCUCUUCGAAAUACUCCGGUUUGCAGAGAUACUCGUUCUCCGCCACUGCCUGGGAGACCAUUACCCCCGCCACCGAAGUGACCAAGGAUCGCGUUUACCACGGCGCGGUCUAUCUGAACGCAACCGCCUCGAUCCUGGUAUAUGCAGGCUCGCAGGAGGACGAAUCUACGGCUUCGACACAGACAUUCGUCAUCUCGACAACAUCGCCGUACACCGUGCUGUCGUAUGACUCGAAUGGAGCGCCGCCGGCGACAUUGCCAAUCCUAUUGCCCUGGAAUGGGCAUGAAGCUGCGUUAGUGGGAGGGUUUUCCACCACAGACGACAUUUACUUAUUCAACGCUUUCUCGGGCUGGCAGAACUCGAGUAUGUCUCUGACAAGCGCUCCGUCGAGCGGUUACAAGUCUGCCCUCCUCAGUAGUUCGAAUGGAAGCAAAAUCCUCGAGACCUUCAACAUGGACGUCUCGCCAAAUACGGUCACGAGUGUCGUGCUCCUGAAUCCCGGUGGUACCCCCGCCAGCCCCGGCGAAACGCCAGGGGCUUCGUCGUCCACACGGAAACGAAAGCGCGAAUCUACUCUCAGCGACUAUCCAGCGUACGAUGGGACAUAUGCAUCGACGACCAAAUGGACCGAGUAUUCCCUUGCACAGGGGGAUGAUGGCCUAGUGGUGCUCUCUAGCGGGGAGAGCAACGAUUCGAUAACGGUUUUCAACCAAACCUCGAACAGCUGGGUCAAUGCAACCAAGCUGUUUUACGGAGAUGAAGCCGUCCAACAGAUUCUCGGAUCUACCACCUCAAGCGCGUCCGCUUCCGCGUCAGCGACGGCAACAGGCAACUCGACCGCAUCGGCGACCGGGAGUUCGAGCAGCAGUGACACGGGGACGAUUGUUGCGGCCACGCUAGGCAGCGUUUUAGGAUUUGCCGCCAUCUUGAUUGUCCUGCUGCUGUUUCUCAAACGCGUCAAGAACCAACGGAAACAGAUCGGACAACGCAAUGGCGGCGCCAAGAAUGAGGACCGAUUGAGUUUCCAGGAUCAAGGCAUCGAGCCUCUGGCCAAGUCGGCAUAUCCUAUGGCCAAGACCGCUGUUCCGGUGUCCGCAGUAUCCAUGGACUCUCUGGCAAUCUUCUCCGGCACGGCAGGUGACGAGAAGCCGGCGGCCAAAUCUGCAGGCCGUGGGUAUCUGAAAAACAGCUCGCUAUCCACGGUCCAGUCCGGAGAAGAGAUGCCCGUCGCGGGCGCAGACAGGACGAUACAGCAGCCAUCGAUCACUGUCUCGCCUAUAGGUGGCGGCGGCGGCGGCCGUGCCGGCGACCGCCGGACCGACGAAGGAUGGGCCCGUUAUUUCCAAGACCACAGUGUGACCAACCUGGUGGGCGCGGGCUCUGCACGGGACACGAUGUCGUCAGAAGUGACCAAAUCGGAUUACAGAAGCAGUGCCUGGCCGAUGUCGAACCUGAAGCCGCUCAACUUUGGGUUCCUGGAAGGGCCGCAGCCGCUGGGACAGGUGACGACCGGCAGCCCGACGACGUCGUCGGUCCCAUCCGACCGAAAUGGCCGUAGCCUCAUCAUCCCGCAGAGCCAGUCGGCGCGUAUCUCCAGUGCGAGUUCCGUGAGUAUUCUCUCGGACGAAAGCGAAUAUGACCGACGGGACCACUGGCUGGGGCGGCCGCCCAGCAGCAGCUACAGCCGGAGCUACUACAACCGGGAUACCCAGCAGAUGUCGACGUACGACCCUCGAAUACCGGGGGAACAGUACCAGGUCGGUGCGCAUUCGUAUGGCCGCCAGUCCAGCAUGUUGAUUCCCGACGAUUUCGAUGAGCCCCCGAGACGAAGCAACAUCAACUCGGACAUGAGCUGGCUCAAUCUACACGCCACCAAAUGA